AUUAAUAAAAAAUGUGGUCGAAAAUAUUGGUGGCUAUUUUAUUGUGUUGGGGGGUUGAGGGAUUCCCAGAUGGGGCGCCUGUAGACGCCUGUGUGAAGGAUGGCCGGCCAAACCAGCCUAAUCAUGGGCAGCACCGGACGCAGCCACUAAACACGUUUCCGUACAGGGUGUACGCUUCAGCGACGAAUUAUGGACCGAACGCAGCGAUUACAGUGACCAUCGAGGGUGCCGAUACAUUCAAAGGGUUCUUUAUCCAAGCCCGUUCUAUCGAGGACAACCGGUGGCUGGGUUCAUGGGAGGAAGCCCCGAAUACCACGGUUCACCCCGAAUGUGCCGCGGUCACACACGCUGACCCCAGAGAAAAGACUCGAGCGACGCUAGUAUGGCGCGCUCCACCUGACGCGCAAGGAAGAGUAUACUUUACAGGCACCGUAUUGAAGAGUUACUCAACAUUCUGGGCGAAUUUAAUAGCGGAGGCGCCGCAAGAUCCAGCGCAAUUGCAAAUUCUUGGCUGAACUAAUUUCAGUAUUAUUAAGAGGAAAUAGUGUUGAAAUUAUUGGGGACAAAUAUUCUGUUGUAGAAUGUUCCGUACAAACAUCAACUAUAAUUUGCAAAACAGAAGACCCAUAUACUUAGUUAACAGUUACUUUCGUCGUUUCAAAUAAUUUCAACAGUUAAAAUAAGCGCUCUUUACCAGCUUUUUAAAUACGCAAUAAAUAAUUUAUUCAAGGGUUGCUAUUAGGUAUUUAGAUAACUUGAGUUAUUCUUAAUGUUUUCGCUCGUUAAUAAAGUUCAAGUUUCAUAAUAAACUAACAUUAACAAAUGAGUUGCGAUUCAAGAGUUUUUAUUCUUUGUACGAAAUUAGUUGCGAUCGUAUGUUUUUCAACCUUUUUAACACGAUAUUUUUAUUUCUAGACUGUUUGCCCUUCGGACAUCUAAGGCAAACAAGUCUACCCUACUUAUUGUUUUGCACCUAUAACGAGUUCCGAGUUCCUUACAAAGGAUAACCCUUCGAUCGCAACGGCCGAAGAGGCAAAAAUAUAUUAAAGAGCGCGUAUUUUCUAUGUGUGAGUGUGCAAUAACUAAAUAUAAGGUACAAAAGUGAAACAAUUGUAAUAUGUUAAAUAUA